AUGCAGGGACCUCCCACUUAUGCCGAAGCACAUAGGCCUUGGGUGAGCACUAAAGCGGAGAAGUUCUACCCGAUAGGCAACAAGCGACAUCCUUUCGUGAAUAAGCUGGUACUUUUAAAUUCGCCUUUUCCUCUGCUGGGGUUCAAAAUAGCCCUUGCUGGGAGCACCUCUGAGAGACAGUUGAAGUCUCGGGAUUUGUAUAUGAAGUGUUGGACUGGGAGAACUGAAAAGGUCUCUUCUGUCAAUUUACUUCAGUAUGAUCAGGACCUGCGACUGUUUGAGUUUUGCCCUAUGAGUCAGCGCGGUUCUGAAAGUAUCGGCGAAGCUAAUGCGCAUAGCAAAGGCCAAGUGAACCAAGUCUCAGUUGACCAAAAUUGGCGACUAAAGAGUGAAAUACAUGACGAGGCCAACGAGGUCUUCAAACAGGUCAACUGUCAAGCAAUAACCAAGUAUACAGCCAAAUAUCGCGAUAGGGAAUGCUUUUUUGGUUUGGAUCCCGAUCUCAAUGUCUGGGCUCUGGAUGUAUGCAAGAACGACGAAGACAAACUGGUAUGUGGGACUCUACGACAGAUACCCGUGAUACAAAAGACCCAAACUUCCACAUUCAGACUCACCAAAAAAGCCAGAAGUCCCACUGGUCUGGUAAAAUACGGCGCAAUUGUGAUUCCAGACUACGAUACCAGAGAGGCUCGCAUAUACUUGUAUGGUGGAUACGAUGCGGCUCAGCACAAAUUCUGCAGCGAGAUAUGGCGAUUUGACUGCACAUCAGGAAAAUGGAAAGAGCAAGCCUAUAAAGACACAAAGCUGGGCUCUUUAAUCAAUCCAGUCUUGAAUAUAUUCACACUUCAGACUGGUUCAAGAGUAAUGACGAUAUUUGGUGGUGAGUACAUGGACUCGAAGGAACACAAAGUGACCAACUCCAACCGAAUAAGUUUUGUUAACCUCUCGACAAUGAAGACUUAUUUUCUUGAUGGCUCCACGUUUGGAAUGGCAAACCACAUGAGUAUGAAGAGGCUCAACCACGAUAUUGUCUUGCUUCCCAACUUCAAGUUCUUAUAUGUCUCGGGGGAGUUUGGUACUAGCGACGAAAAUCCACCAAAAUACGACGAUCUCAAAAAUUUCCCUAUUGGAUAUUGCUACGAGCUGGAUAUCAACAAAGCGAUCACCAUAGACCCUCUUUUCAGGCAAUUGACGCGGUAG